ACACUAGCCUUGUUGUUGUCGUAGUGAGUAGUAGCUGCUAUGCUGACAGCUGACUGAUUAAUGUAUCAUUAUUUUAUAUUUAUAAUAUUUGUAGGGACGUCGAAGGUUAAAAUGUUGCAACCGAGUGUUGAACUUCUAUGAGCGGCCGGCGGUUCUUACCUAAGUCCGCUUGGCGGCGUCAGUUAGCCUGCUAGCAUCGCGUUAGCAACACCAGGCUAAUGCUAGCAGGAUGCGAUGGCCGUCUAUGAGCAACAUUCGCGGGCUCGGCAGGUCGUGGUUGCCGGUUAGCUGCAAGCUGCUUCCGCCAAUGGGAUGGAUGUGAGCUAACGACUGCACCCGGACGUUUUGUACCGGCUGCUGCUUCUCUAGACCGGAAGUUGUGUAUCGGUUCAGCCAUAGAGACACCGCACGCCGCUGGCCGCACCCGCCAGGGCCCGCCAGGACCCAGUCAACCCGGCAUGAGAUGUUGUGGACGACCGAUGGACGGCUGAUAGACAAGCGGAGUCCCGUUGGCACAUGUUAAAAGAAUGGAGGCAUGCAGCAGCAACCCCAACCGCACCGCGCCAGUGGGCGAUGACAGUCCCCAGCAAGCCGACGUGCGGCUGUGCUCUCGAACCAACGGCUGGAGCUGGCCGCCUCACCCCUUCCAGCUGCUGGCGUGGCUGCUCUACGCCUUCUUCGCCAUCAUGGGCCUCGGCGUCUUUGUGCCCUUACUACCUGCACACUGGAUCCCUGCCGGCUACAUUUGCACCAGCAUCAUGUUCACUUGCCACCUGUGUGUGCACGUUAUGGCCGUGUCCGUCGACCCGGCCGACCGCAACAUUAGAACCAAGAGCCACAAAGGUCCGGUUCCCGCCUUCGACCGCUCCAAACACGCCCACGUCAUUGAGAACUGCCACUGCUACCUGUGCCAGGUGGACGUAGGGCCAAAGUCAAAGCACUGCAGUGCGUGUAACAAGUGUGUGGCCAACUUCGACCAUCACUGUCGAUGGCUCAACAACUGUGUAGGAAGCAGGAACUACAAGUUGUUUCUACACAGCGUGGUCUCGGCUCUGCUGGGUGUGUGUCUGGUUCUGGUGGUCUCCUCUUACAUCUUCAUUGAGUUUUUUUUGGACCCCACCAAACUGCGCACGGACAAGCACUUCUGGGUGCGAAACGAGACGGCCGUGUGGUUCGUCUUCUUGCCGGUGGCGCCCGUGCGAGUGGUGGCCACGGUGAUCCCCGCCCUGGCGGCCGUCACCAUCGCGCUGGCUCUGCUGUCGUCUGUGCUGCUCUGCCACCUGCUCUGCUUCCACAUCUACCUCAUGUGGAACAGGCUGAGCACAUACGAGUACAUUGUACGUCAGCGCCACCGCCAGGACCACAGACACACGCCAACGCCAGCAGACGUCAAACAGACGACCGCUCAUUCAGUCGACUUAAAGGAUUCAGACCACUCGAGGACACUUGGCCUCACUGACGCUCGUGUAGGCGGGGAGGAAGUAACCGCCGUGUCUUUACGAGGGGACGAGUUUGUGGUAAUUAGUGGAGUGAGAGGUGUGUCCAGUCCUGUUUUGGAGCUAGAGACUCCGCCCAACCGCCCCCAAACUACAGCAGAGCACAAGCAAAGACACACACAGAAGAAGAGAAGGAAGAAAGUCCAUAAAGUUCCUGCCGACCUGACCAGAGACAAUCCCUGUCCAGCUUUGGCUCCGCCCCCUGGUUCAGCUCCGCCCCCUGCCGAGUCCAGCAGCGUGUCCGCCAAGUCCUUCGGCCAGCGACUUCCUUUCCCAGCAUUCCCCCUGCGGGCCUCCCUGGCCCCCCUGGCCCCGCCCUCGGCGCCCGUCCUGGCGGCCGCUGCGCCCGCCGAGUACCACUCGGACUCGGCCGAGUCGUUGGAGGAGAUCCCCGUGGCGUUGGCCAAACUGGGCUCCUCGUCCUCGGCUGGAGGCGUCCGGGACAGGGGCGCGCUCCCGCCCCCCUCCCCCUUGCCCAGGACUAGCAGGAAGCUCGCCACAUCCCGCUGCAAUAAGGGCGCCGCCGCGGAGCUGAGCUUCAAGAUGGCGUCUGCUCAGCCCCCCUCGGUGUUCGUGAGCCGGGCCAGCGGCGUGAGCAGGACGUGACGACAUGG